AUGACUGUACUUGCAGGCAAACAAGUUGGGGGUAAUGCCCUUGGCCUCAUGAGAAUGACAACAUAUGACUGGACAAUGCCAGACGAGGAUGCUUUCAAGGUCCUCAAGUCUGCUCUUGCAGAGGGUGUCAAUAUCUGGGGUGGUGCCGACUUCUACGGCACGCAAUCCAGCAAUUCCCUUCAUCUCCUGGCACGGUAUUUCGCCAAGUACCCAGAAGACGGAGACAAAGUCGUUGUGUGCAUCAAAAGUGGUGUCAUCGACAUGAGGACGUUUUCAAUCGACGGCUCACCGGAUAUGGUGCGGAAACUGGUUGCCAAUGCCAACAAGAUCCUGGGCCCUUACAAGAAGAUUGACAUUUUCGGGAUUGCCCGUGUGGACCCCAAGACUUCUAUCGAGGAUACCGUCAAGACCCUUGCUCAGCUGAGGAACGAGGGUGAGAUUGGUGGUAUUCAGCUGAGCGAAGUUGGCUCUGCUACCAUCCGCCGUGCUGCCGCUGUCACCAAGAUCGACUUUGUGGAGGAAGAGGUGAGCCUGUGGGCAACCGACAUCUUCGACAAUGGCGUUGCAACAACUUGCGCCGAGCUAGAUAUCCCCAUUACCGCCCACACACCAUUGGGUGCGGGCAUGCUGACCGGCCAGAUCAAGACCCUUGAUGAUUUGCCGGCCCCUUACCUUAGGAUGUUCCCGCGGUUCCAGCCAGCCAAUUUUAAGAAGAAUCUCGAUCUCGUUGACGAACUGAAGAAGUUGGCGGAGGCCAAGGGCGUUACUGCAGCCCAGCUUGCCCUUGGCUGGCUCAAGUACCAAAGCAGCAAGCCCGGAGCGCCUCUCAUUAUUCCCUUAUCUGGGGCGCGAUCUCCGGAUCGGGUCAAGGAGAACGCCCACCCUGUAAACCUGAAUGACAAUGACUUGAAGGCGAUUCGGUCUAUCCUAGAUAGCUUUCCUGUAUCUGGACAGAGGUACCCCGAGGCGGGAAUGAAGGUCGUCGAGUUUUAG